CUCAAAUUAUUUUUAUCGUAAUGCUUGCAUUUAGAAUACUUUAUCUGUACAUAUGCGUUGUGAUUUUAGUUGGACUAAUAACAAGUUAUAGGCCAUAUGCCGUUCUCGUUUGGAUGUGAAGGCAUAUAUAGGGGCGCAGCAAAUCAGAAAUGGGUCAAAAAGAGUCAAGAAGAGCAUCAUCGUUAGAACGAUCAGCUGCAGAGAAACCUCACACGCAUCCAUCGCCAAAAGAAACGCCAAAUACAAAGGUCGACGUAACGGGUAUCGAUGAACACAGUUUGCCAAGCACAUCAACUUUGACAAUCGACCUUUUGAAGAAAAAUGAGAACUUUACUACUCGCCUUGUCGUCGCCGUCGCCGUCGCCGAUACACAGGUACCUGUAAUGGAGAAGGCGAUAGAUAAGACCACGCCUCUUCUAGUGAUUGCAAUAGAUAUAGGAUCGUAUGCAAGCGGGUAUGCCUGGCUUUGGAAAUGGGAAUACGAAAAAACGCCUUUAGCAGUACAAACAAAUCCCAACUGGCAGCAUGGAUCACGUGUUUUACAGAAAACACUGACAGCUCUUCUAUUAAAGCCAGAUAAGACUAUUGCCGCCUUUGGCUACGUAGCCAUAGAAAAGUUGUGUACACUUGAGCAAAAUCAUGAAGACCACGAAGACUGGUAUUUUUUCCAAGGCUUCAAGAUGACGUUGCAUAGAAAAAAAGAAUGUGUAGAUUUCAACCAAACAAUCGAAGAUUACAAAGGAAGACAUCUACCUGCGUCAUUUGUUUUUGGAUGUGUGAUUAAAUAUUUCAAAGACCAUGCGGUACGUCAUUUUAAAGUAAAUAACGUUGAUUACCUUGAUGCGGAAACGAAAUGGGUUGUCACGAUCCCAGCUAUUUGGACUGACUCAGCCAAGAGUAUAAUGAGAGAAGCGGCAAGACAGGCGAACAUAAGAGACAGCAAUCUAACAAUAGCACUAGAACCGGAAUGCGCAGCAAUCUACUGUCAAAAACUUCCACGCGGUCAGUUCCUUGUCAGUGCAAAUAAUUCAGACAAAAAAUACGCCUUCGAACCUGGAUCCACCGUAAUGGUAGUUGACAUGGGAGGUGGAACAGUUGACAUAACAACGGUGAAGGUGAAUGAUGACCUCAGCCUGAAACAUGUCCACAAGUCUGGAGGUGGAGCGUGGGGAGGCAUGAGGGUUAAUGACGAGGUCUUAAAUAUGAUUAUGGGAGUAUUUGGCCAUGAGGUAUUCGAUAUAUUUCAAGUCAAGAAUAAAAUGGAUUUCAUCGACUUGCAAAUGGACGUUGAAACUCAAAAACGUCAGGUUGGGCCUCAUAACGAACAAGAACAUUUUCGAGUUCAGGUUUCACAAACGCUCGUAUCGCUGUUCAAAAAAAUCAAAGGCGAAAAGGUCCAAGAGGUUCUUCAAGCAAGUGAAUUAUCUUUCACGAAUUCACGACUGUAUAUUCCAAUAAAGAAAGUGUUGGAUUUGUUUAACAAUGUUAUCAAAGACAUAUGCGAGUUUAUCACAGACAUCCUCGAACAAAUGCAAUUGAUACAUGAAGUUACGGCUGUUGUUGUAGUUGGAGGAUUUGCAAAUUCAGAUUACGUGACAAAUGCAAUAAGGGAAGAUCUUGCGAGUCGUCCCAUACCUGUAAUCCGACCAGAUGACGCAGAACUUUCUAUUCUAAAGGGCGCCGUACUGUUUGGUCACAACGAAGCGAUUGUUACAUCACGUAUAAUGCCGCGAACCUAUGGGGUAGCUUGUACAAUGGAAUAUGAUAAGAAAAGACAUAAUAAAGAUUUAACAUUUAGAGACGGAGGAAAAGUGUGGGCUAACACAGUAUUUAGAAAGCACGUUACGAUCGGUCAGUCAGUAAAAUGUGGAGAAUGGAUAGUUGAUAAAGAUUACUAUCCAGCAGAUGCAAAUCAAACAAUUGCAACCAUUUAUAUGUUUUCUUCCGAUAAAACCGAUCCAAACCAUACAACAGAUGAGGGAUGCAUGUUUAUCGGUCAGUUCGAUGUGGAUUUUCCACCAUGUGAUGAAGAAAAAAAAGUCAAUCGAGCGGUUAGUGUGUCCAUGCGAUUUGGAGGCACAGAGAUUGAAGUUAAAGCCACAAACACAACAACAGGAAAAACAUAUUUCAAAUACUUAAAAAUGUGAAAGCGUUUGUGACAGUAUCACUGUUCAUGCAAUACUUAUAGCAAUGUUUUCUACCUUAAAGCGUUUCGUGAGAAUUGUUUAAUGUAAUAAUUGAGUUGUAGUCGGGUGUAUACCCUUUAUUAUACAAAUGAAAUGGGAUGAUACUUACAUUUGCUACAUGUCAUUUCAGUAAUGAAUGGUCGAGAGUUUCAGGAGAGUAUGUUAUCAACGUACUUCUAAUGCGCUGACUACCUUAUCAAGACAUUGACUUGAACAUACACUCACCCAUAUUUACGGAACAGUUUACCUGUUUGCAAAUGAAGAUACUUACCAAAUAUGCACUCAUUCGGGUUAAAACGAAUAUAUUAUCAAAUCAAAUGAUUUGAUGAUUGUGUACCUUUUUCGCAAUAUGAACAAAGAGUGGAGACACACAAUCACUUGUUUACAAAUCGCCAUAUCGGUUGUCACUCGGAUAUAAUCUAACUGCACAAAAAGUCUUACGUUCAACCGGUUUGAACUGCCAUUGUUUUGCUACGAAACUUUUACCUCGGUGACAAAUGUGCUUCCUAUUAAUCAGGCGAAUUCCACUUCACAUACAACUAGUGAAUGUUAACAAAAAUCCUGAUAAUGUGCCAGGAGGUUCUUUAUUUCCAUAUUUCAGUCAUGAUUAAUUAUAUGUGAUAUUACCGUCAAUUUUAUGAAUAUUUUUUCGAAGUUAAUUAGUGUUCCGAAAACGACCGAAGUGUAGAUAAAGCCCCCUCACGUGUGUGGCUUUUUUGUCUUCUUGAUUUUCUCUUUUUCUUAAUGUUUACAAUAAACUAAGAAAAACAAUUAUAAAGUGAUAUUUGGUAGUAAUGUAAAAUCAAUUGUAUUAUGUUUCUCAAUCACUCAAUAACUCAACGUGUAACGUACGUAGGAACCAACGUGUUGGUUGGUGAUGUUAUUAAUAUGACAAGAAUUUAGUACACAUAACAUACAUUUGUUCUGUUGUUUUUUUUAAAUUGUACGAAAACAUUUCCGUAAAGCCUUUGAAUAAACGGUAAAUGGGUUUAAAAUACUGUUAGUUAUACUUAUAUUUGUGAUUCAUUUUAUGUUUCUAAUCAUAUAUAAAUCCUAUCAUGAAACGAUAUAGAUGAUGGAUUUAAUUGCAAUUUUUAAUUAUCCGUUUGUAGGAAUCAUACAGAAAAAAAUACCCCUAAUACACUUAUCGUCUUAACAAUCAUAACAAUUAUUUUAUAUUUUUAAAAGUCAAUGCCUUACAAUUAAAGGCAUAGCGUAGGGUAAAAUGAUUUAAAACUUGAGGGUAAAUUGUUGGGAAAAUCAGUAAUGAACACAGCUCUUUUUCCAAUUGUUGAGAAUUAUUUACAAACAGUAAAACAAAAUUUUCUUUAAAUUUUAAAUAGCUGUAUGAAAAGUUAAGCAAAAUGUACACAAAAGCAACAAGGAUGCAGUUUAAUAACAGACACAUAAAAAGUCACAUAAAGAACGAAAAGUACCGAAAAGCAGGAAAAGGCGGUACAUCGAAGCUCCUAUAUGUGUAUCUGACCAAUAUCCAACGCGGGUGACUUUACACUUUAUUUUAUGUGGCACAAAGCGCGGUUGAAGAAACAUUACUUUAACAUAGUUGAUAAUUGUUUAAGUUGUAUAUCUGUGUGUCACAAACCUCUAAAAAUAGAUUUCUCUGGUCUGAAUUCCACUGUUGAGUAGUUAAAUGCAAAUAUAAUUGAAAUGUUUUCUCUUUUAUUGCUGCUUGCGUUGAAUCGUGAUAAUGUGAGGUUAAUUUUUAUACAAAUUCAUACGUUGUUUUAAUACCUGUGAGCAAAUUGUGUGGUUUUGAGCUCCUUUGAACCAGUUUGUGUGGACCCUGAUUGCAUUUCCCUUCCAAUUUUCAAAAAAUAUUACAUUUAAGCAACAUAUAUACCAUAAUUUAAAAGAAACUUCGGUAUCAAAAUCAUGCAACCACAUUUAUAAAAAGAGAAACUAGAUCUAUCCCUACGAAAAUAAAGAUUUCUCCAAAUUGAUUAGAAUAUGUUAAUUUUAUGUUCAUUAUCUUAUUCAUCAUACUCAUCUCAACCAAGAUGUUUAAGAACAUUACUAAUACAUUUUCUUGUGAUUGUACGUGGUCAAACAAAACUUACAAUACAUUAUGAAUUUGUGUAUAGCGUUUUAACCUCAGACUAUGAAAAGCACCUUUGUUGAUAAUGUUAAUAAUGUACCAAUUUAUAUAAGGUUAUAGUAGUUGAAAACAUACAAUUAUUUUAUUUCGAUUAUGCUGUUGAAACUAUUGUUUAUGUUUGAAACAGAGGAUUAAUUAAAUCUUCUUAAUGCUGCAGCAAUCGGAAAACAAAAUCAAUUUGGUUAUGACGUUAUUUCAGUCUAUAAUUUAUUUUAUCAAAGCUAAUAGUUUAAAACGCCGCCAUCGGGUAAUACACACGUAUUUGUGUAAAGUUCGAAUAGAACAUACAGUACACACUAGCCUUUAGAAAUUUGCUUAUUUAUAAUUAAUGCUAUUUGUUUAAUUUGUGAUUGUUGAUAUUUUACCUUUGAUUUACUUCAUGUAUUUUAAUAUAGUAUAUAUUGUUUAAUAGUAAUUGUGUUAUUUCCUCUAUAUGUGUGUAACUAUUCUAAAUAUAAAUAAAACACAAAUAUAAAUUGUGUUUGAAUAUUAGCAUAUUUACUUUUUAUAAUCUUGAUAAUUUUUUCCACAUUUAAUUUAAAAUCGGUGUCUUUUUAAAAUCCAUACUCUACGCAGAUGUUUAUGCAUUUUUGAUUUAAAACAAUAUGUUUGCCCUUUCCAAAAUUGUCGAAAUUCAUUUUUUAUCUUUCUACAAAGAUAAACACAUUGUGUUUCUAUUUUUGAUUAGUAGAAUAUUAUUACAGAAAAGUGUACCCAAAACAAUAUACAUUUUUGUUUUAAUUUGUAUGUUUUGUUUUAAUUAGGAUGUGGUUAAUUAUUCCACAAUAGUAUACAAAACAAUACAUAUUAUGGUUAAUUAUGUUUUAAUAUACUAUAUAAUCGCAUGAAAAUAAAAAAGUAAAGCGAACAGAGCAUUGGUUUACGGGAUGUAUAUUAUUACAAAACAAAUAUGAACGCAUGUGCAUUUAAUGAGUAAAAAUUAGGAUAAAUAGUAAUCUUUGUUAUUGUAACUGUGAUAAAACAUAAAACGCUAAUAUCAACAGGUAAUACCAGGCUUUUAUUUGUUAUAGCAAACGUUUGUACAAAUGAUGCUUUAAUAUGUGAGAUAUUGUCACUGAAUGGAAAAACUGAAAACGCAUGCUACUUUUCACAUGCUACUUUUCUAGCACACCUUCUGCAAAAAAUGACUGAAUUUUAGUAUCUGAUAAGUAUAUGCACAGACAUAUAGAAUUAAUGAUUUAAUGUUUAAUGUUGCGUAAAUUGUUUUAAUUGUAUUGUUUAUUUGCUUUAAAUAAAAGACGAUGGUAUGCAUACCAA